AUGCGACGCGAUCGUGACCGUCCGGCUGGUACACUCGAUGACGGCACCGUACGCGGCCAGCCGCCACCUCCACGGAACACGCCCUCGACUGAGCAGCCUCCGGCAGACGACGAUAUCACCCCAAGGCCACCACCAGCAACGCCGCCACCGUCGUUGAUCAGCCCACAACGGCAUCACGAGCGCCCACAUCGCCACCGACGCCGUCAUGACAAGUCGACCGGCGAUCUUGCAGCGAAGGGUGGUAUUAUCACCGCGCCGAUAAUAUCCCUGGCCGAUGCGACACAGGCGCAUCUGGGCAAGAAAUACGGCAAGUGGGGGCGAGUGCUGGGCUCCGGCGCUGGGGGUACUGUACGCCUGAUCAAGGCCAGCAACAAGAAUGGUGGCACGAUCUAUGCGGUCAAGGAGUUCAGACCCAAGCGCAUAGGCGAGAGCGAGAAGGAGUAUCAGAAGAAGGUCACCGCCGAAUUCUGCGUCGGCAGCACGCUCAAGCAUGUCAAUAUUAUCGAGACUGUCGAUAUAGUCAGCGACCAUGGCCACUAUUAUGAGGUCAUGGAGUAUGCGCCUUACGACCUGUUCUCGGUCGUCAUGACUGGCAAGAUGUGCCGUCCCGAGAUCUACUGCGUAUUCAGGCAAAUAUGCGAUGGUGUAGAAUAUCUGCACUCGAUUGGUCUUGCGCAUCGCGACCUAAAGCUGGACAACUGCGUUAUGACGACCGACAAUGUCAUCAAGCUCAUUGACUUCGGUACUGCUACUGUGUUUCACUACCCCGGCAAGAAGCCCGUUUUAGCGACGGGUAUUGUUGGCAGUGACCCUUACCUUGCGCCCGAAGUCUUGUCUUCUGAGUCCGGGUAUGACCCGCGCAAGACGGACGUCUGGAGCGUGGCCAUCAUCUUCAUGUGCAUGAUUUUGCGGCGUUUCCCGUGGAAGAUUCCUGAUCCCAAAACGGAUCCGAGCUUCCGCGCCUUCGUCAAUGCACACCCGGAUUUGAGCGUGGGACGCGAGCAGAAGGAGCGCCAGCCGCGGGUACAGGCCCCGCAGCUUACUGUGGAGAAGGCGACGCCUAGCCCGUCACCUGGUCCGGCGCCUGAGCGGGCCAACUCGCUCGAGCCGCCGACGAAGGAGGGCUCCAUUCAGGAUGGCUCGUCCGCGGGGUCACCGUCUCCCUCGUCGUCGAUGCACACGCCAGACCAGAUUCGCGACCCGCACAAGAUACAGGAUGGCGCUGAGCUCGUCCCGCAUGAGGGCCCGGUCACGCUUGUCGCCUUCCCACCAGGCACGGAGCUGGUGCAGAGCUCGAGCUCGGCGUCCUCGUCGGCUUCGUCGUCGUCUGUUAGCGACUCGUACGACUCCUCGUCGGCGUACUCGCGGCAGUAUUCGUCGUACUCGCACACGGAGGAGUCGUCAAAGUCCGCCGAUGCGAAGUCGACAAGCGAGUCGACGUCGCCAGACUUGAGCGGCCCACGAGUGGAGAUGGAUCCUAGUGUGUUGACCUACCCGCGCCCUGCCGAUUCGACAGAAUCCCUGCCGCUCAGCCAUCCGAUGGUGUUGGACGACGACCCCAAUACACCGCGCGUCACGCAGAAGACGCUGCCAGAGCAUCAGCACCACCACAAGUCUGAUUCCGCAAAGGCAGCUUCAGCACCGGCCGCGACCUCAGAGCAGCCGACGCCGACUGAAGCUAAUGGUGUUGCGUCGUCACAAGCGAACGGAGCCGUCCCCAAGACCAACGGCGCUACUCCUCAGGCGAAGACCGUCACCACACAGGCCACCGGCAAGCCCGCCGGCCAGGCGCAGCGCAAGCGCCAACGCACAGACAGCGUCGCGACCUUCCACGGCGGCGGUGCAGAGUCCAUCUUCCGCCUCCUCCCCCGCGAAACACGCCCCGCCCUCCGCCGGAUGCUCCACGUCGAGCCGUCUGCGCGCUGUACGCUCACCGACCUGCUCAAGGGCCGCGGCAAGAGCAGCGGCAUCCUGUGCAGUUGCGCGAGCAUGGAACCUCCCGAGCCCGCCGAGGGCGCGCCACCUAUGGUGCACGUCAAUGGUGCCGGGGCGCCCGCGGCGCGCGGUACGGGCCAGCACUACGAAGGGUGCGCGGACCACGACUGUGACCCGGAGGACGAGGACGAGGGCGAUGAGUGGAUCAAGAGCAUCGUGCCGUGCUCUGCGCCGGGCGUACAGCCGGACCAUGUGCAUAUCAGGGUGACCACCGCUGAGGACAAGGGCGGCAAGCGCCGGUUCUUCUAG